AGAUCCGACCUCGACGGCCUAUCCUCAGGCACCCCAACGACUGCCUCCCCCAUGAAAAAGAACGACCUCCUCACCGUCAAGUGGCUCUACCGCUCGUUCGCCGAGCUCAAAGCGGAAGUUGCGGAGUUGCAGAACUCUCUCAACUCCUCGGCCGUGCUGGACGAGCGAGAACGAGUCGAGACCGAGUCUCGACUGGUCAAGAGCGACUUGCAAAACGUGGUGGCGGAGUUGGAGGUGGUGAGAGGCAGGAACGAGAAGUUCGAGGCGGAGGUGCAACUCGCCGGAGAGGAGUUGCGACAGGCAAGGGAGAGUUGGCGGGGGACUGCAGCGGCGUGCGGCAAAAUGAAAAAUCAGUUGAAAGCCGCCCAAUUGGAAUGGAACCAAAACUGGAAAAUCCUGAACGAAAAAUCUCCAACCCUAGAAAACGAGAUCAUAGCACACCCAUCCAGACACCAACGAAUCAUGAAGCAGCACGUCAUACGUCUAGAAAAAAGUACGAAAACCUUGCACAAAGAAAACUACCACCUCAAAUCAAAACUGACCCAAAUGGAGGAAGAAAUGAAGGCUCUGCAGAAGAGACUCAAAUGGAAAGAAGAAGUGGACUCCAUAGUAGCACAAAAAGAAGAAAACCUGAUCGCCUCGCGUCUGCAAGACAAGAUGGCGUCGAAAAUAGCCGACAUCGCCAAACAACAGACCAUCAACGUCAACAAAAUCGCCAACUUGACAGAACAGAUGACCAACUUCGACAAGCUCCAUCUCUCGAUGCUAGAAUUGCUGGAAAACGUCGAAACCAUCGAAAACAAAGUCGACAAAAACUUCCCAGAGUUCCGAAAGGAGAUUUCCAAGCUGGAAAUUCAAAUUUCUGAGACUUCCUCGGCCGUGUCACUCAACAGAGAGGAUCAGAGGAAUGUCAUCGAUUCCAUGAAAGCCAUCAGCUUUUCCGUGUCCAAUUUGCAAGACAAGACAAACGGAGAUCGCGAGAAGUUGGGCAACUUAGAUGAAAUCGUCAAGAAUUUGGUGAAGUCUGCUACCCUGCAGACUUCCAAGCUGCACGAUCAUAUUCUGAAGGAAGAGUCAGGCUCUGUCAACGUGAACGCCACCAAAGCCACCAUACACCUAGUCCAAGAACUGAAAUCCUUCGAGAGCGAGUACAAGAGCAUAGUGAACAAGCUGCCCAAGGACUGCAGCUCCGUGGAAGGACCACCAGGAAUCUACCUGAUAUCCCCUGGAGAAGGCGAACCCAUCCUAGCCCACUGCGAAAAUGGCUGGACCACAGUCCAAAAACGCUACGACGGUUCCAUAAACUUCAACAGAAACUGGAACGAAUACUCCAACGGCUUCGGAUCUGCCACUGGGGAGCACUGGUUGGGAAACAAACACCUGCGCUCGCUGACCCAGCUGAACUGCUCUCGGCUGCAGAUCAACAUGAAGGACAUCUACGGGCAGUACUGGCAAGCCAACUACGAGGACUUCAGAGUCGAGGACUACUCCGAAGGCUUCAAACUCCACAUCGACAGGUACCAAGGCAACGCCAGUGACGCGCUGGACUACCAGAACCUCAUGGAGUUCUCCACAGUGGACAACGACAGGGACAUUUCGAACACGCACUGCGCCAGCAACUACGAGGGAGGGUGGUGGUUUUCGCACUGUCAGCACGCCAAUUUGAACGGGAGGUACAAUUUGGGGUUGACUUGGUUCGACAGUUCGAGGAACGAGUGGAUCGCGGUGGCGAAUAGCGAGAUGAGGGUGAAGAGGAGGGAUGUUUGUUAACAGUCAGUAGGUGGUUGAUCUAGUAUUCUGAACGUGCCAGCUUGAUUAAUGGGAUGAACUUCAAAAAGGUGUUAUAGAAGAGAAUCUUGUAUAUCGUUUUAAACGUUAUAUGGGAUUGAAGGGCAGUCCGUGAAAAUCAAUGAUUUUAGAUUAGAACCUUCUAGGCAACACAGAUGCAUAAAGUACAGCUGACAAUUUGAAAUUUUCAAAAUCAUUUCAUGAUAGUAAUUUACCAUUCUUGGAACACAUGCAGGUUGCCCCCAUAUUCACGCAAAAGAUUCCACGACCA